AUGUCGAACCCAAACCUCGCAGAGGUCAUGGGCGACGGCCCUGCCUCAAUAUCCGACAAGCUCACCUUGCUGCCAGGCUACGAACCCGACUUCUCCGCCGUCACCUUCUGCCUCAAAGAGGAGGACCACACUCUCGGCAACUCGCUUCGAUACAUUAUCAUGAAAGACCCUCGAGUCGAGUUCUGCGGUUACAGCAACCCUCAUCCUUCCGAGAACAAGAUCCACCUUCGCAUUCAGAUGUAUGACAAGGCCUCGGCAUUGGAGGCGCUCCGUGACGCCAUCGAGAACUUAGACCAGCUCUUUGCCGCUAUCGGUGAAGCAUACGACCGAAGCCUCAGCGCAGGCAACUACGAAACACACGUCGAACCUAAACUGGAUCACGACCGUUUGGCGCAGAUGGCCGAAGAGGGUAAGAAGCGUCGUGCUGAGGAGCAAGCAAAGGAAGCAGAGGCACGCAGAGACGCCGCUCAGGCUGCUGCUGGUCGUCCCAUGUGA